CAGGGUUCUAAAACUGUUAAAUAUACAAAAGAAGCAAAGUAAAUUGAAUUGACAUUGAAUUUUUGACUGGUAAGUCAAGAUUAUUUUACUGAUUGAACUGUUUGAUUGAUAGGUACAGGUAGUGUUCCUCAGUUAGUCUCUUAGCUUCAUCCCCUGAUAAUCCAAUAUCUAGUGGAAAUAGAAUUUUUAUCACUACUUUGCAUUUUCAUUAGCUUAAGAGGAAAAGAAAACAAAUUCAGUCAAACCCCGUUCAUAAUACGGACGCUGAGCGGGCCAUAGACCCUUCCGUAUUAAAGGACUGUCCGUAUUAAGUACUGUUUAAAAAAUGAGCAGGAUUAAACACUCGAGACGAAGCCGAGUUUUUACACCUGAUAGUACACUCCAGCGAGGUUUUUGCGCAACUCAUUAAUUCUUGCACUAAUAUUUAGUUUUGGGUUUAUUUUGACCUAAAAAUUGGACGUAAAGUUUAGCCGUGUCUUUAUCAGAUAUACAGACACUUAUUAAGCAUUGUUUUUUCUUUACGAAUUAUUAGUGAGGUUUUGAAGCGGGUGGAAUUUAUAGGAGAAAAUGUCAGGGUUCGCUUUCCCCAAGGACAAAGAGGGCUGUCCGUAAUAACGAGGUAUCCGUAUUAACUCGGUGUUCGUAAAGCGGGGUUCGACUUUAUUUAUAUUUAAGUAUUUCAACACAAAAUUCAAAAUUCAGUCGGUUCGUCGACAUCACUCAUUCCCCUCACCAUAAAACUGACCCAAUCUUGCGAAAUUUUACUUUAGAGGGAGAUGAACUGACUUGUUGAAAUAAAUAAUGAUUCAAGAGCAACUGUAGGUCAUCAAUCUCCUUUUAUGAUGAUCGAUUAACAUUUUACGUCCUUCAAAUCACAGUCACUGUCUUCAGGCUUUCUCACAAUCGGACAGGUAAACACUGUCAGUCAAACGAAUAUUUCUCUUUUUUCUAUCCAUUCUUAACAAAGUUGCGUCUAGAUACGUCAGUAUUUCGAUUAUAGAUGGUGUGUGGUAUUUGGCUCUUACGCUGUAAGCUAAUUUUGAGUUUUUUAGUUCCGCAAGAAAAUUUCAGUUUUCCGAGUUUUCUCUUCAAAAAUCUACUUCAUGGUUUGCAUUUUGAAACCGAUUGUGGGACGGUGUAGCUUGAGAAUACAGAAAAUGCCUCUAAAAACAAAGUGAGCAUACUGCAGACGGGAAUCAGAACACUGAAUCGCACAGGUGUAAAAUGUAAAGAAACAAAAAAUAAAAUGCAACAAAAGGACUUUGCCUAUGCGAUUGCAUAUUUACUCAAAUAAUGACCCGGUAUUUUACAAAUCGCAAGUCGCGCCCAAAAUAUCGAGUAUCCAGAAAAGUAAACCGCUCGCAAAGGAAGAGCUCCUCCAGGUUCCUUGACAAGAAAAAGACCAAAAUACGAUUGCUUUUAGUUUAGAAAGCUUGUAAAGCUGCCAAAUCUGUAAUAAUAGCAUCAAAGAACUUUGAUUGCAGUUUGUGAGAUUCAAAAAAGGGCUCGUCAGAGGCGGAUCCAGGAUUUUUUUUAGGAGGGGCUGCACUCGUCUCUUGCUCUACUUCAACACCAAUAAACCACAUAGUUUUUUUUGCAGAAUACCAGUUGUAUUAGAAAACCGCAGGUCAUCUCAGGAGGGGAGGUGCGCACCCCCUGCACCCUCCCCCUAGAUCCGCCCCUGCUCGUAACAAUUUAGAUGUAUUCCAAUGAAGAUUCAAAAUACAACGGUCAACGCAAUGUUGCAGUACGUGAUUUAAGAAAGGCCUCCAGGGCUGGUCAAAUCUUUCCCAUUAUCAUCCUUAUCGUCACGAUUGGCGAUACAGCGACACUUGUAAAGUUAGCACGUACGAAACAAAGCAUGGAAUUCACCUCCUCCAGCUUAGCCUACGUGUAGGCCACACCCUCCCCCGACAAAGGAAAAACUGGGGGGGAGGGUGCGACUACACGUAGGCUACCUCUAGCUACCUAAGCAAAAUUAUCGAACUAGCUCGAACUGAUCAACUGUUUUACAGAUUGACUCCAAGGCACAAGGGCGCAAUAAAGGAGGGGGGCUUUACAUAGGACUGUUAACUAACUGUAAGAGGAAUUGUUGAAACCGCAAGUGUAUAUAAACAGGAGACAAGCCAUAUACGAUAAAAACAAACCUGCUAACAACAAUUACAAAAAAAUCCCCAGCGGGUAUAGGGUGUGAAAGUAAAGUAUCUUUACUAUAUUUCGGCAGUAUUUUUCAAACCCAAAAUUGUUUCCUUUUUAUUCAAUGAACUUUAAAAUUACGAGUCAUGUAAAAUCUCAACUCAACACAAGGUGAGCCAGUUGGGACAAAAGGGUAGAAUGUGUCUUCCACUAACGUAGAUAGUCUAUCGUCAUUGUAUUGAUUUUCUUUUCUUUUGUAUCCUUGUUUUUUUUUCUUCAAAAACCGGUUUUUCAAGGUGCGUAGUUUGCCAACCUCACUUACCUUACACGCUCUUAAGGGUUCUCUCCCCAGUCUCACUCUCCGUUUUUAUCCUUGUUCCCGCAGGCUUCCGUUUUACAUGAUCACUUCUUUAUGACAUCCCACGAAAAAGCGGGCUGUUUUAAUUGAAUGAGGCGGUUUCUUUCACCUUUUUUUAAAAAAAAAACUCAAAAAACAAUUUGAAAAUAAAUAAUAAUUAUCAUUAUUAUGCCUACGAAAAUUGAAAAAAAAAAGGCAACGAGGGCAAUGAUGUUAAUCGCAAGUGGCUCAACAGCUUGCAAAAAUGAAAUGGUGUCGCUGUGUUGCUGUGGAAAAGUCGAUCUCCAACUCAUUUUGUUAGAAAUUUCAUUUUGGAACAAGAGAAAAACAAAAGACGAAAAGAAAAGAGCAAAGGAAAGCUCACCGAAAGAAAUAUUCAUUGAAGCUAUCGGAGCCGGUCUAUAACUAACUGUCGAUUUAUUGCCCAGAUUACGGACGGAUCCAUCAUCUUAGGCUUUUUUCAUUCUAUCUCAGAUUAUAUCAUGUAAGCCAGCUGCUCUGUCUCGACAAACAAACCUAUUUCCUUUUAUUAUUGUUCUUACUUUUUUUGUUGAAAUGGCACCUUUUUAGGUAGAUGGAAUGUUCAUAGCUGCGUGCGCACUUGUCAAUGACUUAAGACCUGCCUCGUACCCAAAUGUAUCUCUCUCGCUGUAAACUUGCGCCCAAGGAAGGCGGUGAGGAGAAAACGGACGAGACGACACUCGCGUUUCACGCUCGCCUGUAAAAGCUAAGCGCCUGGCAGGAGGCAGAACGCACGAAGACACAAGAGUGAUCGCUUGUCGCUAGAAAACCUCCGUACUGAAAAUGGGAACUAAACUGACAUUGGACUUCAGUUUUUCCUCCUUAUCACCAACUCUCAUUUUACUUACUUACUUCCUGUGUAUUUCCCCCCCAACUUUGAUCAAAAUCAAUUCACUUAGCUUUGUAAAUAACCGAAGACAGGAAGUAGAUAGCUCUUAGGAAGACAAAUUAAAAUCCGUCUGAAGUGCUGAUGAGCUACAGUAGACUCCCGGUAACUCGAACCCUCUAUAACUCGAACUUCCCGCUAACUCGAAGCAAUUUUCUUUUCCCCUCAGAUCAUUUUUUAUAUAAUUUUACACUCGAUAACUCGAACUUUUUUAUUUCCCUUGAAGGUUCGAAUUAUCGGGAGUCGACUGUAUAAACAAAUUAAAAAGUUCACCUAGGUUAAUAAAUGCUAUUAACUAGACUCCUCGGUAAGCGAUGGUAUUUUUUUUAAAAAUUCUGACUUGUCGCGUAUUUAUCGAAGACUGGUUGCGUUGGUUGCAAAAAACUAAACAAGAAGUUUCAAAUAGAAAAAGAAAAGUGGCCAUUGAUAAAUUUCUGUGAACGUCAAGUUGUGUUUCCUGUUGAAAGCAAAUAACACCUUUUCUGUAUGUUAAUGUACUUAUGACACACUUAGAUCAAAGCCAAAACAUUUAUAAACAUGUUUUAGGCAUAAUAACCGAUAUCCUUUGACGAAAUAUGUUGAAAUAUGUUGCUGACUAAAACUCAAGGCGCACUUUUUGAGUUUUCAUAGCUACUAUCAGGUAAGCCGCUAAUUUCACUCAAUUGAGACACCAAACACAAUUUUUAGUUCAUCGACAAAUAUAUUAACGCAACAAAAACAGCGGGCGGAAAAUCGCGAGGCCUCUGGUAUCUCUAAACUGGGCGAAGUUUCAAGGAACUCACUUUUUCAACCAGAAGCAUUUUUCCCGAUGAACCAGGAAGCUAGAAAUGAAUACUUUGUUAAUCUUCCGUUUAAUUCAUCAGACGCACUUUAUAAUACCGACAGACAGACGCGUCUGUCCCCAGACAGACUUUCCCUCGUUAAACUCGGCUAAAAAGAGCACCGAAGGGCCAAAAAACAAAUAUAGUCGUAUUUACGAGCCUUUAAUAAUGAUAGUGAUAAUUACAACGUGUAUUUUCGGUUUACACCGAAGAGUGUGGUCGAGAGAGUUGCCUCGAAACUCGCGCGAGACGAGGUAAAUGACUGAAAAAAGGGUUGCGCAAGGCAACAUGGAAGGAGGAAAAAUGGCGGACAAUUCUUUCCCCGUCAAGGCGUCCUUUGUUUAUUGUAACAGGAGCCCUCGGCUCCUGUUGUAACACAUUCUCACUACCUACAAUACACACGAAUAUACAAUGAGAUAUGCAGGGGUCAAAAUGGUCGGUCUCCACAGGUGUGGACAGCGAUGAUAUAUUCACAUGCAUUGAAGGCACGGCACGGCGUCAUAACGUGGGAAUCGGGUCCUGUGGGGGCUGGGAGGGUGGGUCGCUGAUCCCCCUGUGAGAUGUUAUUAGACAAAUGCACACAAUAGGAAGAAUUGGUGGUAAUAUAUACAACGCCAGGAAUUGUGGGAUAUCUAUUGUUAUGAAAAUAUUCUUGCUUUACUUCAGGUACUGAGAAUAAUUCAAAUUUAAGUUACAAACAAAGGAAAAAAAUGACACGCUCAACAAUUUUCAAACACUUUAAUAAUAAUAAUAAUAAUAAUAAUAAGGCGAAUAUUUAUACAGGAUAACCUAUCAGUUCUAAUAAAAAGAAUUGUUAUCAAAAGGGUCCUGCAAUUAUCUGAUAAAUAGCUAAAAAAAUAAAAAAUAAAAUCGAAAGAGGAAAAUAACACUAAGAAAUCUAAGAUUCAAAAAUCAAAACCUGUAAAAAUUAUUGACUUAUAAGACUGAAAAGAGUUUAACAGGCCAUUUCCGAGUUCCCUCACACCUCUGUAUCAAAACGAGGUUAGGUUCUCAGCCUUUGAUAUGGGAAUGACUUUUCAUUCUCAUGCAAAUAAAACUCAUUUUCACAAGAAAGGUUGUGCACUUGACCUUAUUUUGAAAGUGAGGGAUUUUGGAACUCGGGAGUGGGCUAUUGCAGUCUGUUUUAAUUUCCCUCUCUGUUGUUUAAUUCUCCCAUGUCUUGCUGUGUUAUUUCAACGUUUCUUCUCUGUUUUAAGCAAUAUAUAUUUUUAUUUUUCACCCACUGAAAAUUUGCGUGGACGAUUCUUAUUGACUAAUUGUUGAUUUCUCUUUCGCUCUACAGUAUUCAAAGCGUCUUCAUCAGCAAACACUACUGAUAAAUGGAAAAUUUCACGUUUAAUGACACGACUUCAUUCAAGGCAUCACGAGUCUCUGGUGAAGUUGCUGUAUGGUACUGGGUUUUAAGAGGAUUAAUUGGCCUGAUAAUUUUGGUGGGAAACGGUCCGGUAAUUUACCUCAUAGUCACGUGUCACAGACUCCACACAAUUUCUAACUGGUUCGUUCUCUCCCUUUCUUUGGCUGAUCUUUUCGUCGGGGUUUUUCUGAUCCCAGUUUCCACUUCUUGCGCCCUGUGGACGAAUUGCAACAUUUCGGUUAUGAGGUUGAACUUUGACCUUUUACUUUUCGUUUCCAUAGCCAACAUGUGCGCCAUAACCGCUGACCGGUACCUCUCUGUGGUACGACCGCUGACCUAUUUGCAGAACAUGACCAACUCGCGUGUUCGCCUUUGGAUAAUUGCAGCUUGGUUAAUACCAAUCGUCUUCACACUCAUUCCCUUCACGUGGAUGUUUUCAUCGUCGCAAAAUAAAAUGGAAAAUGCAAACAGAAUCUAUGGAACUGUCCAAAUAAUCACCUUCAACGUUCUUCCUUGCCUCACAAUACUCCUUGCCUACGGACACAUUUUUCACAUAUCUCAUAAGCACGCGAGACAGAUUCGUGCGUUUACCGUCAAACUCAACAGAGUGGAUUCUGACAUGUUGACUAGGCGACAAAUAAAACAGGAAAAGUCUGCAACAAGAGUUUUUGGAAUGGUUGUAAUAUUUUUUUUGUUCUGUUGGAUGUUAUCGGCGUAUAGACAUUUCUGUGAUUACUUAAAACUCCCGUGUCAUAUUUCUUCUGGAACAGUGUUGGCAUCAAGACUCUUGAUGUUGUUAAAUUCGGCUAUUAAUCCAUUUAUUUACGCUUUUCUAAAGGAGGACAUAAAAAAGGAAGUAAAAAGGAGGCUCUUUAGA